AUGGACGGAAGCGAUUCACCGGCGAGUUCAAAGGUGAUCAUACAAUGUAUCGAUCCUCAUAAUCUCUACGACAGCCUCGAACCUCGCCUUUCUCAAAGAAGCCCUUUGCGUAAUCUACAUUGGAAGUCACCCACUCGUCCGUUACGAUCUAUACCCGCCCUGAACAUCACCCUUUCGAGAGAGGAUCAGUCUGCUGGAACGGCUUCGAAUGUCCGCAGGCAUCAAAUCCCUGGCUUACGAGAGACACCUUACGUGAAGCUAUAUCUGCUCCGUUGCGAUGACAGGGAGACGUACAAGGAGAAAGCGAGAAAGGAAGUGCGCCAAUGGGUCAAGUCGCAAAUAUCCGCUGCAGAUGGGAAAUCAAACAAGAACCAGGAGGACCAUGACGCCUUUGAAUGGCUGAUAGUUCACGUGGUGCUGGCCAACACCCCGGCCGCCAGCCAGCCGCGGUCAUCGAAACACAUAUCUUUGGAAACAACGGAGAGCACCGACAGCGUUAACAGCAAGUCCAAAUGGUCCGGCAAGAGCUCCUCUACCAUCUUCGAUAGACUACGCGCAGACUUCAACAGCGGCUCCAAGUCUCCAAUCAAUCGUGUCGCCCAAGUCAGACUUCUGAAUUCACACGACAAAGGUACGCCGCUGAGCCCUGCAGAUCUCGAGGAGCAAUGGCAGGAGCUCAUUGACAGCAUCAAAGCCUGCAUACUGCGCUCGUUCGAUGCACGAGUUGCGCAGUACGAAUCAGACAUAAGGGAGAAAGACGGCCAGAGAUCUCUUCCGGGAUGGAACUUUUGCACUUUCUUCAUCCUGAAAGAAGGCCUGGCCAAAGGCUUCGAAAGUGUUGGUCUACUGGAGGAUGCUUUGGCCGUUUAUGAUGAGCUUUCGCUUGGUCUGGACAACCUGGUGAAAGAACAGUUCCGAACAGGCGAUAAUGAGGAUAGCGGCGCUCUCUUAACCGUUUCCAAAGAAUCAAAAGCUCUACUUCGUGCUGCUCUUGAGGUUGAGGAUUCUUCGUCCAGCAAUGACAUCUCCAAACAAAUGUUGGAUCUCCAAGACAUAUUGACUGUCGAUCGUGAACAAUUCCCAUUUGAUGCCGAAAGGAAAAACUAUCAAAGCCUGAUUCUAACAAAUGAUGUCUCUGCUCUGGAUCUGAGAAUAUACUUGUUUGCCCGCCAAAUGGAGCUUUUGCUGCGGCAAGCACGGGCAGAGGCGUCUGAUAACACUCCCGGAUCCAAAUCCAGUGUAAAUCUUAAUAUUUUGGCGGAUCUUGCAGAGCGUGCUAAUGAGUUCAUUAACCUGGCUGCCCGCAGUCUGCGAAUGGAACUUUAUGGCGCCUGGGGAGGCCAUGAAGGACUGAGCGCGGAUGAGUUGUUCACGCAACGUGCCGUGACUGGCAAUAUCGUCUCGACAUUUGAGUGGCGAGCGGUUAUGCAGAUAAUGAGUAAAGUACUGCCAUCGCUGGAGCUAGAUGUCGAAUAUGGCACUGGGUGGCUAUCACUGGACUCUGUCGAGCUCUUUCGGAUUAUGGAUAAAAGCUCAACACAUAUUCAAGAGGCACGCAAUCGCUCGAAAAGAAUGUCGCUGGCUGUCGACUCCCGCUCUCCUUCACGUGAGCGUUCUCAAGGACCUCACCACAAGAGGAUAUCUGUGAUUCCCGAGGAGGCCACUACACGCCAGGUUGUAUUUUCGCGACCUGGCGCAGAGAGGCUUGCGGUUUGGAUUUCGAGACUUGUUAUAAUGGCAAGACGUGCAGUAUCGAAUCUGGAGGCGGUGCAACCGUGGCUGGUGGAAAUGAAACGUGCCGCGUUGCAUUAUGACUUGAACAUAAACAAAAACAUGACAAACGGGAUGGCACGGAGGUCAUCAAUUUUCAAAGCAGAAGACCAAAAGCAAGCCACCGACAAAUCUGCCUCGAUGGCCGGCCUGGACUCCAAUACAUUGACAGCAGCUGCAUCCUCAAAAUCGACUUUUCUCGAGCUCUUCGCGAUGUUGUCGGUCCUUGCAUAUCGAGUAGUCGCAGACACAAGCAGCCAUUCUACUGCACAGCAAGUCUUGAUUGAUCUGGUGGAGCUGGAGUAUGCGCAAGGCAACUAUGGUCGAACCGCACGAUACCUCCACAGCAUUCUUGGCCCCCUCCCCAAGACUACCUAUAAACCGUCCGACGGCCACCUGCUCCGGAUUUAUGCUGAUUGUCUCAGGCAUCUUGACAAGCCUACCGAAUAUGCCCGCUGCCUCAUAGCAUACCUGCAUUGCGGCUUAUAUGGUGGCUCUACUGGGAAGCCCAGUGCCACACAAGCUGCGAGUUAUGUGGAUCAACUUUUCCAGACCCUGCCGAAAAUCGAUGUAACAACUCUUCCGAUGUCCACCUUAUUCAUGAUUCCUCGUGUUUCAAAGGCCAUCACUCAUGUCGCCAGCCAAGAUGGAUUCGCUUUGAGAAUAUCUCUUCAACCACUGUCUCCUAUGACCGUUCCACUCAUUAGCGAAGUCAAAUUGCGACUAAGCUCCCAAGCUAUUGAACCACGAUUCAUAUCUCUCACAUUAUCUGAAAGUGCAGCGAUCGAAGAGGUGGGGACAGAACUCUUUCUAAGCACUACAGUCAUGGCCCAAGGUUGGUAUAUGCCUAGUGAGCUCGAGGUUAACAUCGGUAAGCUACGGCUUUUACACCAUUUUCGGUCGACCCAACAUGACGAAGGUUUUCCAGUUGAAGAUUCGCCGCUUGAGCAAGCCGUGGUUGUUCCGGUCCUGGUAUACCCUGGUGAACAAUCUAUGAACGUUGAUAUUGUUCAUGCCCCAGUCGUGCAUCUCGCCGAGACGCGAAAGCUGCUUGUCAAUCUGAUGCCAGGCCACAACAGCGUGAGCCAGUGUAGGCUACGUCUUAAAACAGCGACAGCGGGACUGAGGCUCAAUAUUCAUGAAGCAAAAGCUCAUGGCAAGGGACAGACCCUUCAAUCUUUACGUACCGCCCGGGAGGGCGACGCUCUCAUGAUGUUUAUCGAUGAUUUGAAACCAUACUCCAAAAGCUCGGUGGAGAUUCCAUACUCUUUGGAGACCCAAACCGAACCCUCGGUAGUGAUCCGAGUUGAGGCCAACUACCAGACGAAUAAGGGAACGUUCGAGUUGUACGACACAGCGUCUGUCAAUGUGAUUCUUCCAGUCACUGUCAAUGUGCAAGAUAUCUUCAGGGAUACCUGUAUGUAUUCACGAUUCACUAUCAGCCCCUCAACGCUAGUGCCAUUGCGGCUGGUACGUUGUGAGCUGGAAAGAAAUCAAGCAUACCACUCCGUCAAUAGUGGCGACUUCGACCAACCAGAAAUGGUGUUUCCGAAGCAGCCGGCUAGCUGGACCACCAGGCUUGUCCCGUCCACACCCACCGCCAUCGGCGUCACACAGAAACUCACACUUUGUGUUGACUUCCAAGCCGUUGACGAGCUCAUCCUGUCGAGUCUCGAGGACAACUUUAUAUCUGAGCUUUCUAAAACUCGUCACCAUGGUACUGCAAGACUCUUGGCAGGACAUCUGCGAAAUCGUGUUCGAACUUCAUGGACGGAACAAGACUUGGAAGUGGCUGCCCUGACCGAAGAGGUUGAAAUUUGGAGUAUGGAAGACAUGGACUGGCAGUCCGUUUUGUGUGCACUCGAUUCUCAGACAAGGCGUGAGGUUGAGUUGUGGCUACAAGACUGGCACGCACAAACCAAGCCCAUCAAACUUCUCGUCGAUAAAGCUCAAACAAGGCAAUUGAAGCUAUAUGUCGACAUCGCACCGCAUCCAUUACUUAUCACGGCGUGUCUAGACAUCCAUUGCGCCAAACCAGAAAGUCCGACUGCAAUCGUGGGGCAACCCAUGUUGGCGGAUCUUGUGAUGCGUCUUUCAAAUGCGAGAGAAGAUGAGGUCACUGCGCAGUUCGAAGUUAGUAAUUCGGACUCGUGGCUGGUGGGUGGAAGACGCAAAGGCCAUAUGCAACUGAGCAGCAAAGCGAGUCGAACCCGCGUGGUCUUGGUCCCACAACAUAUUGGGCAUGCACUCCUACCGACCAUUACAGUCAAAUGUCGAAAGCAGAAAAAAGGUAGCGGCGGUGAAGAGGUGUGGACUGAGGUGGUGAGUGAUGUGCACAAUCCAAUGCACGGGCGUUGCAUUGAGAUCAUCCCCAGCAUACGAAGCACGACGGUCGAAGUUUUUGGAGAUACACCGACUGACGGAAGUGGACGAUUGUUAUCGAGCCGAUGA